CUGAACUGCUGCCUGCCUCGGUGCUGGUAUAUUUUUCUUUUCUUCCCAAGCCGAAAAGCAAAAGAAGGUUUUCAAAGGAAUGCAAAAGGGAGAGGAGUUUUAAAAGCAGGAAGCUGAAAGGGCAUCUCCAUAAGAUGAAUUUCACCCAGCACCGUGGGACACUCCAGCCUCUCCAUUUCUGGAACCACAGCUAUGGACCGCACAGAGGUGCCAGCGAGCCCAGUGCAAAGGGCCACUCCUCAGGAGGCUGCUAUGAGCAACUCUUUGUAUCCCCCGAAGUGUUUGUGACUUUGGGCAUCAUCAGCUUGCUGGAGAACAUCUUGGUCAUUGUGGCAAUAGCCAAGAACAAGAACCUCCAUUCACCCAUGUACUUCUUCAUCUGUAGCUUGGCAGUGGCUGAUAUGCUAGUGAGUGUAUCUAAUGGAUCAGAAACAAUUGUCAUCACGCUGCUAAAUAAUACAGACACAGAUGCACAGAGCUUUACCAUAAACAUUGACAAUGUCAUUGACUCAGUGAUUUGCAGUUCCUUGCUUGCGUCAAUUUGCAGUCUGCUUUCAAUAGCAGUGGACAGGUAUUUUACUAUCUUUUAUGCCCUCCAGUACCAUAACAUCAUGACGGUGAGGCGUGUAGGGGUCAUCAUCACAUGCAUUUGGGCUGCUUGCACAGUCUCAGGCAUUUUAUUUAUCAUUUACUCUGACAGUAGUGUUGUCAUCAUCUGUCUCAUUAGCAUGUUCUUCACUAUGCUCAUUCUCAUGGCAUCCCUCUAUGUCCAUAUGUUUAUGAUGGCACGGAUGCACAUCAAAAAGAUUGCUGUUCUUCCUGGGACUGGCCCUAUUCGCCAAGGGGCCAACAUGAAAGGGGCCAUCACUCUCACCAUUUUGAUUGGAGUUUUUGUUGUGUGCUGGGCUCCAUUUUUCCUGCAUCUGAUUUUCUACAUCUCCUGCCCCUACAACCCUUACUGUGUGUGUUUCAUGUCCCACUUUAAUUUCUACCUCAUCCUCAUCAUGUGCAACUCCAUCAUCGAUCCGCUUAUCUAUGCAUUCCGGAGCCAGGAGCUCAGGAAAACGUUCAAGGAGAUUAUCUGCUGCUGCAGCAUGCGAGGGCUUUGUGAUCUGCCUGGCAAAUAUUAAACAGCGUGGAUGUGUUGCUGUACACACAACAU